UGUACAUUUGUGUAAAUGCCUUUUUGUUUGUAGAGCUGCAAACUAAGUAUAGACCCAAACCUUAUUUUCUCAAUGAUAAUAAAGUAAAGAUACUCAGAGAUUAUUUAGCACGUUUUAGCAUAAAUCUAACAGCCUGAUUAUACAACUACCCAAGGGUGAGAUCAAAAUGUCUGCCAAUAAAGAAGAGUUGACGGUUUUACUACUUGGAAAGAAAGGAAGUGGGAGAAAUUCGGUAACAGGAGUCCUCGAUGAUACUCUCGAUAGCACUGUCGAUGUUUCGGAAGCAUUAAUAUUUGAGAAAAGGCUCAGAGAUGAUCAUCAAUGUCGACUGCAUAUUUUCAAAGCUCCGGGAAUCUGGGACAUCGACAAGUUGGAAACCAGCGAUGGUUUCAAGCAGAUGAGUGACGAUAUGUUGAGAUUAAUGCAACACGUCAAUGAUAGUCAAGAAAAAGGAAUCACCGCUUUCCUGUUUGUUAUGAACAUUAACGAGAAAUUUAAACAGGAAGACAAAAAACUUAUCUUCACUUUUCAAAGUAUCUUUGGAGAUGAUAAUUUUUGGGAACGUUGCAUCAUAGUUUGUACUGAUAGAAAGUACUUCGAAGGUGACUUCAUCGAAUGGAUCGACAAUCAAACAGGGGUGUUUGCAGCUCUGAUUGAUAAAUGCAACAAAAGAUUGGUGUUAAUAAAGAUAAAAGCAAACCAGUACGAUUCGUCUCACCCUCUUCUAACGGAAAUAAUAAAUGUGAAAAGAAACCACCGUAGAAACUACACAUUGAAUGACUACAUGAAACAAGAAAGAUGGUUACCUAGGAUUGAAGAAAUCCCAAAGACUAUAAAUAGCAAUAGCUUUCCGGAAGAUCAUUUUUGGAUUCGAUUCGAAGAAUUAGAAAGAAAAAAUCUUAAUAAAAUGUCAUUUGAUGAAAAAUGGGAAUUUGGUCAGCAAUUGGCUGUGCUAAAAUAUCAUGUUAGUAAAGCAGAUGCAGGAACUAAUUCUCUCAUUUCUAUUAAGAGGCAUAUUACUGAUCUAGAACAAGCUGUUUUCAGGGACCUCAAAGGUAGUCCCUGCAAAAUAUUGUAAUUAUAAUUCUUUCAUAUUUAAGGUUAAUUAUUAACGUCGUCACAUAAUAGUAUUAUGCUUCUACAUAUUUGUUGUGCAUUUUUACUACUAAAAUAUGACUAUUUUUCUAAGUAUUGGGCGUUCUAUUUCUCACGCAUUUUAUUCUUUUUGCAAAAAAUCAUUGCUUUUUCGAAUUAUACAU